AUGACCGGGGCCGUCGACACGCCGGCGCUGGAGGACUUCCGCGCGCUCAUGGAGGAGGUGGCAUCGAGCGCGGCCGCCGCCCUGUGCAGCGACGCCGUCGCGAGCACCAAGGACGCGCUCGAAGAGUGCAGCCUCGCCGUGGCGCAUGCGCUCCAGUGUCUCGUCGUGCGCCUGCAGAGCGACGACAUGUGCUCGCCCAGCGACGACGAGCCGAGCGACGUGGCAUCGUCGCCGACGACCGGCAUCUACCCGGCGGACGCCGUCGCCGAGUCUAGCCUUAGCAGCGAGUCGGACGAGGUGACCGAAGAGGACGACGAAGGCGAGGAGGACGACGACGAUGACGACGAAACGGAAGAAGAGGACGCCGUCACGGACGUCGUGCCUGUCUACGGCGUCGAGGCCGCCAACUUGAACGAGCUUGUCGUGAGUCGCAUGGAAGCCGCGCUGGCCGACGCGGCCAAGUUUGCCGAGUUCAAGCAGCAGGCGAUGGAGUUUGGCACGAACCGGCAGUCGGCGCUCGCCUUUUACGCGUACCUCGAGACGAUCAUGACGGACGCACUGGUUGACGAGUUCAUUUUGGACUUUGCACGGCUCUUGGCCAACGACGAGCAGCGACUGAGCCUCCUCCGCGCCCAUGCCGCGUGCUUGCAUCUGCGGCACCAGCAAAAGCGACACGAAGCCAAGAAGCACAUCAAGCCGCCUCGCAAAACGUCCAUGGCGUCGUCCUGCGGCACCGAGGCCGACGACUACUUCCCGCCCGAGGUCCACCUCAGCACUGUGAACCACCUCAUGUUUAUCAUCCACGGGAUUGGCCAGCACGGCGAUUUCAAGGAGGGCGAGCGCAAGAACUGGGACGGGACGCCGGGCACGAUGGGUGACAACUACAUCUUCCGAGACCUCUUCCGCGCUCUGCAAGAGACCCACUUUAAGGAGGUCCCGAUUGCGCUUGAGAUGCAGUCGAUCGAGUGGCACGAAGAGCUGCACGAACCCACGGGCGUCGACGCGGUCUUUGAUAUCAUUUGCCCCGAAGGCUCGUCCGGCAUUCGCCAAUUCAACAAGGAGACGUUCAUGGACCUGCUCUACUACCUCUCGCCGCAGUACGGUCAGAUCAUUGUCGACUCGGUCACGGAGCAGCUCAACUCCAAGUACAAAAUCUUCAAGCAAGAGCACCCGGGCUGGAACGGCAAGGUGUCGAUCUUUGGGCACUCGCUCGGAUCGGUCAUCACGUACGACAUUCUCACACACAGCGCGGGUCAAGUCGCCAAGAACGGCGUCAAGUUCAAAGGCCUCGAUUUCGACGUUGAGAAUUUCUUCGGUGCCGGGUCGCCAGUGCCCGUCAUGAUUCUCUCGCGCGGCGACUUGGAUCUGACGGACGGCAAGUUUACGCCCGGUAUCAAAAUGCCCAACUGCAAGCACUACUUCAACAUCUUCCACCCGAUCGACCCGAUCGCUUACCGCGUCGAGCCCCUCAUCCAUCCCGACAUGCACGAAAAGCCACCCGUUCAGCUCAUCCCCGCGCAAUCGUGCAAAGGCCUCGGGUUUGCCAAGAUGCAGGAGAUGCUCGAGCGCAUUACGCCGCCGGCCGGUGGGUUUCAGUCGCGCAUCGACUAUGUCAUGCGCCGGCGCAAGCGCGAAGGCGUCAUCGAGCUCGCGUACGCGGCAGGGUCGCACUCGUCGUACUGGGACAGCGAGGACGUCGUGCUCUUGUGUCUCCUUCAAAUCUGCCGGCCGGUGGCCGAAAAGCUGCGCCGCUACAUGAGUGCGCAGCAGCCGCUGCCGACGCUCCAGCCGCGCAACGUUGUGCCCAUCACGCCGCACUCGCCCGUCCAGCUCGUGACGACCGCCCACGUGCGCGAACGCGCCACGGGCUACUGGCACACGCGCACGCUCCUCCUCGACCACAAGCGCGUGUACGUCAUGAAGACGGUCGAGCACGUUGUCUGUCGGAAGCGCUGGACGCUGCACCUGACGCCCAAGACCUUGGUCGAGUUUGGCGACGACAUCUUUACGCUGCGCCUCGUCCCUGAAGACGCCAAAGUGUCGCACUCGUUCAAGGACGUCGCGACGUCGUUUCUGAGCACGACGGCGUCCAAACUCAACUCGAUUCAAGUGCUCAAAGCGCCGACGACCGACCUCCGGGACGAAUGGCUCGACGCACUGCAACACGCGAUCGACCACCUGCACGCGACGUCGUCUCGGCACGCUGUCGACACGGCGGGCAUGGAUCUCCCGACGGGGACGACCGUCGACUACUUUGGCGCGACCAAGACGAGUCUUCUCGGCGUGCGCACGCAGAAGGCCAAGACGUGGUACGAAGGACAAGGGUUUGCGACACGCUGGUUUGUGCUGCACGCCUCGACGCUCACGUGCUACGAGAAUUGCCCGAAUUUAGUGUCGUUCGCGCACUUUCCGCUGAGUCGGUCGACCGUCUUUGGGUACCCGAAGCGCUGUCUCUUCCGCCUCGUGACGCCCGCUGGCACGUCGAUGGACUUCAAGCUCAAGGACUCGGCCGUCUACGAGCUCUGGCGGGCGCACAUGGCGACCGUCGAGAACGCGCACAUGGUGAUCCAAGACGACAUUGCCGACAAGAGCGCGCCCGUCGUCUCGCUCGAUACGCAGCUGCACACAAAGCACCGGCUCGGCGUCCAGACGUACGUGAUUCUCUCGGACGAGAAAGGCCCGUACGCGGCGUUUGAGAUUCGCAUUUCGAGCAGCGAGAAAGUCACGACGGUCCUCCGACGCUACAACGCGUUCCGGCACCUCCACCGCGAACUGCGGGAAUUGUUCCCGCACGAGCAAAUGCCGCCGCUGCCGCCGACGCGGCUCUGGGCCAAGCUCGAUCCUGUCUACUUGUCGGCCAAAUGCAACGACCUCAACACAUAUCUCACGAGCAUCGAGUCCAUCUGUACGACGACGGCGGCCGCGGCCCUCCUCCAAGCCUUCCUCGAGAAAGACUCUGCGUUCGAGUCGCACCUGCCGUAA